UAGUGCCGCCUCAGAGACAUGACCUACUCGGCCCCGAUUACGGUGGACAUUGAAUACACAAGAGGCAGCCAGAGGAUCAUCCGCAAUGCGUUACCCAUUGGCAGAAUGCCAAUAAUGCUGCGUAGCUCCAAUUGUGUUCUUACGGGGAAAACGCCAGCAGAAUUUGCCAAGCUUAAUGAAUGUCCUCUAGAUCCAGGUGGAUAUUUCAUUGUUAAAGGUGUUGAGAAAGUCAUUCUUAUUCAAGAGCAGUUAUCCAAAAACAGAAUCAUUGUGGAAGCUGAUAGAAAAGGCACAGUUGGAGCUUCUGUUACCAGUUCCACUCAUGAGAAGAAGAGCAGAACAAAUAUGGUUGUGAAACAAGGAAGGUUUUACCUGAGGCAUAACACCCUGUCAGAAGAUAUUCCUAUUGCUAUCAUAUUUAAGGCCAUGGGUGUUGAGAGUGACCAAGAGAUUGUGCAGAUGAUUGGCACAGAGGAACAUGUGAUGGCUGCGUUUGCUCCUAGUCUGGAAGAAUGCCAAAAAGCUCAGAUUUUUACACAGAUGCAGGCAUUAAAGUACAUUGGAAACAAGGUACGAAGGCAGAGGAUGUGGGGUGGCCCAAAGAAGACAAAGAUGGAAGAAGCACGAGAGUUGCUGGCAUCAACUAUUCUGACACAUGUUCUUGUAAAGGAAUUCAAUUUUCGUGCCAAGUGCAUUUACACAGCAGUGAUGGUGCGCAGAGUAAUCCUGGCCCAAGGAGAAAAUAAAGUCGAUGACAGAGAUUACUAUGGAAAUAAGCGACUGGAAUUGGCUGGGCAGCUUCUUUCUCUUCUGUUUGAAGAUUUGUUCAAAAAAUUUAACUCUGAACUGAAAAAGAUAGCUGACCAGGUAAUCCCCAAGCAGCGAGCAGCUCAGUUUGAUGUAGUGAAGCACAUGCGUCAAGACCAGAUCACCAAUGGCAUGGUCAAUGCCAUUUCCACGGGAAAUUGGUCUCUGAAAAGAUUCAAAAUGGACCGGCAAGGUGUGACGCAAGUGUUGUCCCGCUUGUCCUAUAUAUCCGCUCUGGGCAUGAUGACUAGGAUCUCUUCUCAGUUUGAAAAGACAAGAAAAGUGAGCGGUCCCCGAUCUCUGCAGCCCUCGCAGUGGGGGAUGCUCUGCCCAUCUGACACUCCUGAAGGAGAGGCUUGUGGUUUGGUUAAAAACCUUGCCCUCAUGACUCACAUUACUACAGAUAUGGAAGAUGGCCCAAUUAUUAAGCUUGCUAGCAAUCUUGGAGUGGAAGAUGUCAACUUGCUCUGUGGUGAAGAACUCUCAUAUCCAAAUGUGUUCCUUGUUUUCCUUAACGGUAACAUCCUUGGUGUCAUACGUGAUCAUCAGAAGCUGGUCAACACCUUUCGGAUCAUGCGUCGGGCAGGGUAUAUCAAUGAGUUUGUUUCCAUCUCUACAAAUCUUUCUGACAGAUGUGUCUAUAUUUCCUCUGAUGGAGGGAGAUUGUGCAGACCUUAUAUAAUUGUAAAAAAGCAAAAACCUGCAGUUACAAACAAGCAUAUGGAAGAACUAGCUCAAGGAUACAGGAAUUUUGAAGACUUUUUGCAUGAAGGCCUUGUUGAAUAUUUGGAUGUAAACGAAGAAAAUGACUGCAACAUUGCACUAUACGAACAUACAAUUAAUAAAGAUACAACACAUUUGGAGAUUGAGCCUUUCACGCUUCUCGGUGUCUGUGCUGGGCUGAUUCCGUAUCCUCACCACAACCAGUCCCCGAGGAACACUUACCAGUGUGCCAUGGGGAAGCAAGCAAUGGGUACUAUUGGCUACAAUCAAAGGAACAGGAUAGAUACUCUUAUGUAUCUCUUGGCAUAUCCCCAAAAACCGAUGGUGAAAACAAAAACGAUUGAACUGAUCGAUUUUGAGAAACUGCCGGCUGGACAGAACGCCACAGUGGCCGUCAUGAGUUACAGCGGCUACGAUAUCGAAGAUGCUCUUGUCCUGAACAAGGCCUCUUUGGACAGAGGAUUUGGAAGGUGUCUUGUGUAUAAAAAUGCCAAGUGUACUCUGAAGCGUUACACCAAUCAGACAUUUGAUAAAGUCAUGGGACCCAUGUUGGAUGCAGCUACACGAAAACCAAUCUGGCGCCACGAAAUUUUAGAUGCUGAUGGCAUCUGCUCACCAGGUGAAAAAGUAGAAAAUAAGCAAGUGCUUGUGAACAAAUCCAUGCCAACUGUGACCCAGACACCUCUGGAAGGAAGCAAUGUGCCUCAGCAGCCACAGUACAAAGAUGUGCCAGUAACCUACAAAGGUGCAACCGAUUCUUAUAUCGAAAAGGUUAUGAUUUCGUCAAAUGCAGAGGAUGCUUUUUUGAUCAAAAUGUUACUGAGGCAAACUAGACGUCCCGAAAUUGGAGAUAAGUUUAGCAGUCGUCACGGGCAGAAGG